UAUUUUGGUUUUAAAUCAUAUGAUAUAAACAUUUGGACAUUGAUUUCAAUUGUUCAUCAAAUUAUGUGAUGAAAGAUAUGUCGACCAAAACAAGUGAUGACAUAAAAUUGGAUAAAAAGAAGAAAAAGGCUUUUUUGAAGACAAAGAAGUCGCGAAUUAUUGUCAGAAAUCUGUCGUUUAAAGCAAAUGAAGACAUUCUUCGCAAAGAGUUUAAGAAAUUCGGAGAAAUUCUUGAGAUUCAAAUCCCAAAGAAAUCGGACGGAAAAAUGCUUGGAUUUGCUUUUGUCGGAUUUGCGACCAUCAAGAGUGCACUUCUGGCCAUCAAAGGUAUGAACGCUAAACAAAUCGUCGGCCGACCCGUUGCUGUCGACUUUGCUGUCGCUAAGAAGCGGUUCCAAAGUCAGCACAAGAAAGAGGAAUCAACUGAUGAUAAUAAUAAUAAUAACGGUAAGGAUUGAAAGCAAUGACAUCUCGUGGCCAUCACUGACACAAAUCUCAUGUCAAUAAUUGUUUGGACAUUAAAUUAAAAACAUUCAAAACAAACACAUUAUUAUUACAGUAACACAAAAGCUAUCAAUUUGUGUGACAUUUGUUUGUAUUGUUAAUCAUUUGAUUCAUUUGUUUAAAAAUAGUUGUUUUUAUCAUUU